ACGAAAAGAAAGAGAGCAAACAGAACGGGAAGGAAAUAAAACAUAUACGGAGUGCUGAUCGUGAACGAAGAGGAACAGAGCGGAAGAAGAAACGUUGGUCCACCGCCGCUGCUGGGAUUCCCGGAACUGAGACUGCCGCCACCGCAGUGACUCCGUUGUCCGUCGCCGACGUCGCUUGGUUGAUUGAGAAUUUGAUUUGUUUUAAUUCGUCCAACAAUCGAGGUAACAGGAACAAUGAAUAAUGAGACGGUCUUGGAGGCAGCAAGGGCGAAGAGAUGGAUGGAUGCUAGCUGGAGGAGUUAUCUGAUUUAAUACUUAAGUUUAAAUUGAUUAUGUUUUUAAGGGCAAGAACCCAAAGUUGUAUUUUGAUUAAAUACUUAAAGGCUUCCGCACCGUUUUGUGAACUCCGAUGGAUAUUUAAAUAAUAUUUUGAAUUAAAUGUUUUAAAUUGUUUUGAAAAAUUAUUGUGUCUGAAUGCCAAUCUAGUAGCAACCCGAUCCGCUGGUCCUUGUAUUCGGGUCACGCGGGUUGGGGUGUUACAAUUUGGGCCGCAACUUGUUAUGAGGUUUGGAAAGCUAGAAACAAGAAGAUGCAUCGGAAGUUAAACACCACAGUGACGGAAGCAGCCGAUAAUAUUUGGUUCUCUACUUAAUGUUAAAUGAAUAAAAAAUUGAACACCAAAACUAGGAGAUAAACCUGCAAGAGUAGUAGUUCAGUAAGAGGUCUGAACCAUUAAGUGCUGAACCAGUAAGAGGUCUGAACCAUUAAGAGCUAGUAUAUUGUUUAACUAUUCAGAGGCAAAUCCCUAGGCAGGCAGAGCGACCAUAUGUUGUAAUCCUGUAUCCUCUCCAAUGGCAAGGGCAAGGCUACCAGAAUUGUUUAGAGCUUCUCCUGAUAGAAAGUGCAACAAUCAAUCUCCUCCGUUCAUCGAGGUAAUCUGCCACCGCACCGACAAGCGAUGGAGAUUCGCAGCCGGGACGAAGGCCAAAUUUUCCGUCAUAAUGAUAAACAGCAAGCUUGAUUCCAGACUUUGCCUCCUGCAACGCAUAUAGAAGCGGUCAAAGACGGAGAAGAGCCCGUCACCUUUGGCCCUAAUUCAGUCCUCGUCAAUUACGGCGAUGGUUGGACUCUGCGGACCGCUUCUGAUCCCAAUUGUUUUGGAUGGGCUAAGAAGAACAAGUUGGUACUGAUGGGACAAGCAUAUAAUCUUGCAACCACGGGAUCAGAUAAUCACCAAGUUAAGAAGACGACACCACAAGCUGCAUCGUGGCCCUUAUACACAGGAAAGAUAUUGCUCGCGUUCAUAUUUAUAUUUUCGUUGGGUGGGAUUUUCACAUGCAUUCUGCAAAGCCUUCCGAAGCUAGUUUAGUUUAGUAAGAUGAAGUAAUGAAACGAAUUAGGUGAAGAUAGAUAAUUGUUAUUCUUUCCCUCAUGCAUGCGUUGAUUUAUUUCAGUCACCACACCCUAGUGUGACUGCCUAUGAGCAUAUAUAUCAGAAACAUAGUACAGUAUAUGUUAUAUGAUGCUUCAUAAUGUCUGAAUUCAUGCUAAUAAACAAUGUGUCUGAAU